UCCAAUUUUAAUACCCAAAAAUCAUUUUCUGGAUUUUUCUUUACUGCACAUGAACCAAUCCUUGUAGUUUGGAGCUUUGGGGCUGCAAAUCUCAACUACCCAAUUGACCAAAACAUAGAAAUCAAUCCCAUUUCCUUCCAAAGAUGAUAAUCCAUCUCUGUUCUCUUCGUCAACCUCCAACCUCUUCAUUCGUCUCAACUUUUCUGAGUUCUUCUUCUUCCUCCUUCAAUGUUGGAGCAAACCCACACAGGGUUUCAAUGAAGCCCCACCCUCUUAGAAACAGAAGCUUCAACAGUAAAAGAAACGGGAUUAUCUGUGGGGCAAUUUUGCCUGUGGAUCCAUGGGCGCCCAACAUCGAUUCUCAGAGCAUAGCCUCCCAGAUUUUUGCUUUUUCCCUGUUUCCUUACAUUGGUUUCUUGUACUUCAUCACCAAAUCAAAGACGGCUCCCAAGCUCACUCUCUUCGGUUUCUAUUUCUUGCUUGCCUUUGUGGGUGCUACCAAUAACUACUUGAUUUCAACUCAUGCUGGCUACAACUCUGCAGUCCCUGCUGGAAUAUAUGCAAAGGUUCAUUAUGGAACUUCCUUGUCUAAUGUUGAUUGGUUACAUGGAGGGGCUGAAUCACUUCUCACUCUGACAAAUCUAUUCAUUGUGUUGGGUUUGAGAGGAGCUCUUAGGAAAUAUGGGGAGGCUGAAAACUCUACAUCCUCACCUGUUCUAGAGUUGGAAAAAGAGAAGGCUGUGUUAGAUAAAUAGUGACUAUAUGUUCCCAACCUUUUGUUGAAAUAUUUGUUUCCAUGGGCGUGGCCCGGUACAUAUAGGACGAAAGGCCGAGCAAUGUUAGAAAUGUGGAGUCUCGCUUUUCUCUCUCCUCUACUGUUAUAUAAACUGCCCCUUUGAGUUGUAUGAAUUUUCACUGAUCAACCACUAUAAUUGUGAAUCUGUCCUGUAUUUUCUUUGUGGAAGCUUUUGGCUAACUUCUUAGCAUUUGCACAAUAUUAAGGUCUUUUAGGUUUCAAUAAAAUUCUCCACUGUGGACUACUUUGAUGCUUUUA